UGUUGAUUUCGAUGCUUCAAUGACACGUGCUGCAUAUGUUCCUGACGGUCUCUCAAUUGUCAAGGAAAAAUAAGCUUUGCGGAUAAAAUGUUGCCUGUCGGCGAUACAGACCUUUGCCUUGCGGCCAGUAAAGCAUUGUUCAGCAAGAUUAUCUAUCGCCAUCCAGACGAUAUAAACGUCAAGUGUCCAGAUAAAGUCGAACAGUAGUCGAUGUACCUAGAUAACGACAAAACCUGCAUAACACAUAUCCAUGCAGUUAUGACCCCGGGCCUAACUUGAGAGGCUGAAAUAGAUGCCCAGUCACACCAGGAGUCCACCAAGACCCGCCAACCCUUGGCACUCUGACUCGACCAAGCCGGCGCCGGAUCCUCUCUCUCUCUCGCCACCCUAGAAGAUCUAACCGGAAAACAGCAGUUACCCAUCAACCUUACUGAGAUAGGCGAUAUGUACGCCAGACAUCGCAUCAAUCCUGAAAAUUGAAGAGGGAUGCUUCAUCAGUAGCGAGACCUAAUGAGUAAAAUUGUAUCUUGUUGUCCUUUGACUAGCCUUAGUCAAAGGCUAGUCAAAGCCUUUGGAGGGUCGGGGAGCGUGGGAGCCACGCAGCCACCGGCCAGCACGAGGGUUGAACAACGUGGUGCGGGUCGGGUUGGCAACACUGGGUGACGGAAGGUAAACAAACGUGGCGGUGAGAGGCUGCUGAUAAGCCCUUGCAAAGAAUGGUGAAAUGCAAGACUUCUAGAUGAUGCAGCAACCCCGGCCCUUAAUACAUAUGGCUGUGGUAAACUGUAGAGAGAACAGGUGUUUCUACUGCAGGUACGUGUCAAGGUGUACAAGAAAGGCCUUCACACAAGAAUCAGUAUUUAGACAAUUUACGUAAAUUCACCUGCUGGCCACUAUCUUUAGCAGGGAUAGGAAGCCGUUGGCUAGAUUAAGAUCUUCCAGUUCUACCAUAGUGUGACUUUAACUCAGGAUGACCUGGAAGUGGAUGCAAGAGCACUCAGCUGUGGUCAGUGGUUUUCUGCUUGGCGUGGGGAGUGCUGGAUUGAUUGCCUAUCAUAACACAGCUAUUGUGGAGGCACUUCACUCCUGGAGGAUGCUGAGAUCAGUGAAGGCAGUAGAGAAGUGUGUGCAUGUGGUGACUAGCGAGGAUGGCUGGGCAAAGGUUCUACCAUUAUUGUACAAAGAAGCUCGGCAAGAUGGAGCUGUGGGUUUUGACUGUGAAUGGGUGCAGAUGAGAGGCUGUCGUCGCCCCGUGGCACUGAUCCAGCUGGCUUCCUGUUCUGGGCUGUGUGUCUUGCUGCGACUCACACACAUAAAAUCAAACCUUCCCCGUAGUCUUAAAGAAUUUUUGGAAGAUGAGACGAUACUUAAAGUAGGCGUGGGACCUCUUGAGGAUAGCAACUUCCUGUUUAUUGAUUAUGGUCUAAAGGUACGGGGAUGUGUUGACUUGCGUUACCUCGUGCUCCAGUGCCAGGAAACUGAACCAACUUGUGCAAAUAAGUCAACAGAGGGAGCAAAGUCCAAAGGUGGCAUGGGUCUGAAUGCUCUAGCACAAAAGUACCUUGGACGUACCCUGGAUAAGGACUGGCGUGUCAGGGCUAGUGACUGGGAGGCAGAAACUCUUACCAGAAGACAGGAGAGAUAUGCUGCUGAGGAUGCUCUGGUGGGUGUUCAUAUUUUGAUGGUGUUGAUGGAGAGACUGUGGGUGUCAUCCUCCCCACUUGUCCCUUUUUUGCCACCAACAGCAUGGCAUCAGCACUUGUCCACAGCUGUACACCACACCUGUCAAGGGUUAAUUGAUGUCAGGUUCUCAAACAAGCAACAAGAUACAGGUACAUUUCAGAACAGUCAGCCAUGUCUUCCCCUGAAGCAGAAGGUAUCCACGCGAGGACACCCAGUGAGGAAGGGUCCCUUGUAUUACAAUUGUCAGCUUAGAGCUCCAGAUGAUGAACCAUUGUGUACAAUUGACCCCAACAAAGCUCAGUGGUAUGUGGAAAAAGGUCUUGGGGAUUUAGUCAGUGAGGAGCCACUUGUUGUACGCUUGAAAUUUGAACCUGCAGGCCGUCCCCAAACUGAGAAGGAUGAUGGCAUGUUUUACCUUCAAAAGCGGAAGAAUAUCUGUGUCGUUUGUGGUAAGGAUGAAUCCUAUAUCAGGAAGAAUGUGGUGCCUCAUGAAUAUCGUAAACAUUUUCCAGCUAUAUUGAAGCAUCAUCAGAAUCAUGAUGUGCUGUUACUUUGUUUUUCUUGCCAUAGACAAAGUAACAUGCAGGACAAUAUUUUUAGAUCUGAAUUGGCUAAGGAAUUUAAUGCCCCUAUUGGAAUAGAACAAAAUUUCAAAGUGGCUGUUGAUAAUUCUCAUAAAUUUGUAAGAAAUGCAGCUCGAGCUUUGUUAAAGAAUCGUGAUAACAUUCCAGCAAAAAAGGUCUCGGAAAUGGAAAAACUUGUAAAAGAUUUCUAUAAAGUUGAUGUGAUUUUGUCAGAGCAUCUUCAAGAUGCAGCCAACAUAGAUGUGAAUGUCCUAAAUGAUGGUUUUCAAGCUCAUGGACAAAAAAUAUAUGACGUGUAUGAGAAAAUUGGGCUUGUGAAGCUUGAGCAAAGAUGGCGACAACACUUUCUCGACAAUAUGAAGCCACAGUUUAUGCCAGAGUGUUGGUCAGUAAAGCAUAAUGUCUAUAAGAUGGGCCUUAAAAUGGGACGCUUACCACUUGAUCAUCCCAAUCGUCUUAUCUAUAAAAUGGCCCUUGUAGGUUCAGAAGGAACCAUUGACAUUCCUUAUACUCCUCGGUCAAGUCAAGAAACCAUGCCCUUGGACCAUGCAUCAGCUAGUAAGAGUGCUCCUCCAGAACACACUGUGCAACCUUUCCAAUCUCCUACUAAUGGGGACAUAACAUUUGGGAAUCCUUUGACGAAUGCUCAUUAUGCCACCUCAAAAAAUUACAGUAUGACAGAGGAAGCAGCAGUAGCAAGCAGUCAUAAUGAAAGUUCUAGAAUAGUUGUUUCUAAUGAGAAAGGUAAAAUGACUGCUGGUGAUAUUCAUGCCCCUUGUAUUUUAGGUCGUGCAAAAUCAGAAAUAAUGGAAGUAUCGUACUCUAAACUGCAUAACGGAGAAAUACAUAAUGAAAAAAAGGAUGCUGAUACGUCUGAAGAUUCUGAUGCUGAUGUAGUUAUUGAAGAUGUUUCUGAGGAAAAGGUUUGAGCUCUAGCAAGCAAAAUGUUUAUUGUUAAUCUCUGCAGAUUACACAAGUCCUUUUCCUGUCAUUACACUAUGCAUUGCUUCAAUGUGUAGUUACGUACGCGUUAACUUGAGGUUAUGUUUGGUGAAGAAACAUGUUAUUGUUUCCUAUUAAACAUUCUUGAUCCAGAUUCUUUUGGGAAAUACCGAUACAAUUAAUCUUUUACAGAGUAUAUCUUAUACCUAAGUUAUUAUAUUUAAAGUAUACUGCCAUCUAUAAUAUUACUAAAAACAAGUAUUUUUAUUUAAUUUUGGGAAUAAAUAAUUGUAUAGGUAUUCCCAUUUGUUAUAUUAAGUAUGUUUUACUAAACUUUAAAUCUAAUUCUUAUUAAAUAAAAAAUGCCUAAAUUGUGUGAGAGAACUGUUUAAUGUUGAAAUUUGUAUAUGUUUACAUAUACAGUACAGUUUUGUAAUACAAUACUAUAGCAUUUUAUAAAUUUUUAAAUUGAAAUAGUCUAGCAUUUGAUUAGCUUGUUAAGUAAGUUCAUAGCACAGCUAUUGAAGCUGGUAAGAGGUACCUUAUUGCAUUAUCCUAGAUUGAUUUAUCCUUCUGUUUUUCAUGUGCUGUUUUUGUGUUUCUCCCGUGUGAUUCUAUUGUGAUCUUUAUUAGGUAUUCCCUGUAUGGGAAUACUUCAUAAUUUUGUCUUAUUUUUACUGUUUUUGUCAAAUGCUGUGUCUUGAGAAAACCUUUAAUUACCUUACCUUACCUUGAGAAUACCUUUUCAUUUUGUACUUUACUGUACUUUAAAUUUGUCAAUACUGUACUGUUCAACUAUUAUCAGUGAAGGGUUCACUCCGGUGCCCUUCUACUGUUUUCAGGUAAAGGUAUUUAUCGAUAGCAUUUGCCUAUGUACUUUGCUAUUUUUUUUACUAGUGUUUAUUAUUACAAAUGAUAGGAUUUGCUUCUGUGCACAUUUUGAAAAAAAAAUCACUUUGAAAAAGUGCAUUUUUAAUACUGUAUUUUUAUCUUUACAAAAAAAAAAGUGAAAGGAAGGGUGCAUUGUAAAAUUGAAACCCAGGAUCACUAAAAAUCUUGACCUAAAUUCUUAUUGCCAUCACUAGACACCAUCAUCAUGUCACCAUCACCAAAAUCAUAUAAUGCAUGGUUAAGAAAGGUAGGUCAUAUUUUAAAACCACAGUAAUAAAUUCUUUAUUAUAUUUUUUCUUUAUUUUUAAUACAAAUGCAAAUUUCUACAUAGCUUCAUAGUCUAAAUGUUUAUGCCAGAUAUAAUGUAGGGUUUAGGUUCAGAGUCUAAAUAUUUAUGCCAGAUAUAAAGCAGGGUUUGGGUAAUAAAAUAUUCUGUCCUUAAAAUGUGUAAAAGCAGGUUUUAAAUUUAAAUUUUGCCCCGAGAGGGGAGUUUAUUGAGCAGCGCCACUCAUCCUGUGAGUGGACCUACUGCCAUAGCAGCAUGUACAACACUCCCCCAAUAGGAAGAAAACCCGGUAGUUGUGACAUCGCUGACAUCGUAACAAAAAAAUGCUACAUACAUUGAACAAUAUAUUGAAACCUACAAAAUGAUUUUGCAAGUCAAAUUGUAACAAAUGCAAUAAAACAAUAUAUUUUAAAA